AUGGAAAAUAACAGGAAUGUGACUGAAUUCAUUUUAAUAGGUCUUACACAGAACCCAAAGAUGCAGAAAGCAAUAUUUGUGGUGUUUUUAAUUUUAUAUAUAGUAACACUCUCAGGAAAUCUAUUUAUUGUUGUUACUAUUACUAGCAGCCAGUCUCUGAGCUCCCCCAUGUACUUCUUCUUGUCACAACUUUCUUUGAUCGACACAAUUUAUUCUUCCUCUUCUGCUCCUAAGUUGAUUGUGGACUCCAUUCAUGAGAAGAAAAUUAUUUCCUUUAAUGGGUGUAUGGCUCAAGUCUAUGCAGAACAUAUCUUUGGUGCUACUGAGAUAAUCCUCUUGACAGUGAUGGCCUAUGACCGCUAUGUGGCCAUCUGUAAACCCCUGCACUACAUGACCAUCAUGAACCACAGACUGUGCAUUCUCCUGGUGGGAGUGGCCUGGACUGGAGGAUUUCUCCACGCAACCAUUCAGAUCCUCUUCACAGUCUGGCUGCCCUUCUGUGGCCCCAAUGUCAUAGACCACUUCAUGUGUGACUUAUAUCCUUUGUUGAAACUUGUUUGCAUGGACACUCACAUCCUUGGUCUCUUUGUUGCUGCCAACAGUGGAUUCAUAUGCUUGUUAAACUUUAUCCUCUUGAUGAUCUCUUACGUGGUUAUCUUGCGUUCCCUAAGGACCCACAGCUUGGAGGGGAGGCGCAAAGCCCUCUCUACCUGUGUCUCUCAUAUCACAGUUGUUGUCUUAUUCUUUGUGCCCUGCAUAUUUGUGUAUCUGCGCCCAGUGACCACUCUGCCCAUAGAUAAAGCUGUGGCUGUCUUUUAUACUAUGGUGGCUCCUAUGUUAAAUCCUUUAAUUUAUACCCUUAGAAAUACUGAGGUUAAAACUGCCAUGAGGAAACUUUGGAACAAAAAAGUGACUUCUAAUGAUUAA